AUGAAACAAAAUUUCCAAAAAUCAGAACCAAAAGAAGAAUCUCCGAUCUCACAAAUACCACAAGCACUUAAAUCAAUGAUUCCUUCACCAAUAUCAGCCAAACUCACUGAUAAAUCUAACAGUAAUUCCGAUAAUGAAUUCAAAGAUUUCUUAAAGUCUUCAAGUGAUUCAAAUGAUGAAUCCAGUACUAGUUUGCAGAGUUUGAAGAAGAAUCCUGUUGUUAGUUUAAAUCAAGGAAAUCCAACACCAACUAAAACAGAAUCAACAGCAUCUAAUUCUCCUAAAUCUCCACGAGAUAGAAGCAAAUACAAACCAAAAGAUUCUCCACUUCCUAAUAAAGAAAAUGAAAAACAAAAGAAGAAAAAUUAUUUAUCACUCAACAACAAAAGGAAGAAAGAAAAUGACGAAAAGAAGAAUCAAAAGAAAAUUGAAGAUGAAGAAUCAGCAAAACGAAAACAAGCUGAUGAAGAAAAGAAAAAGAAAGAAGAAAUCGAAAAACAAAAUAAACUUGAGGAAGAAAAAGAAGCAAAAAGAAAAUUGGAAGAAGAAAAAUCAAAUCAAAAGAAAGUUGAAGAAGAAAAAAGGAAAAAACGAAAAGAGGAGAAAAAGAAGAAACUCCAAGAAAUAAAUCUAAAGCAACAAAGAAAACUCGAAGAAGAAAACAAAAGAAAACAAGAAGAGGAAAACAAAAGAAAACAAGAAGAGGAAAACAAAAGAAAACAAGAAGAGGAAAACAAAAGAAAACAAGAAGAAGAAAACAAAAAGAAACAAGAAGAAGAAAAACAAAGAAAACUUGAAGAAGAAAAGAAAAAGAAAGAAGAGGAAGAAAAUAAGAGAAAACAAGAAGAAGAACUUCAAAGGAAACAAAAAGAGGAAGAAGAAAAAAGAAAGAAACGAAAAGAGGAGAAAAAGAAGAAACUCCAAGAAAUAAAUCUAAAGCAACAAAGAAAACUCGAAGAAGAAAACAAAAGAAAACAAGAAGAGGAAAACAAAAGAAAACAAGAAGAGGAAAACAAAAGAAAACAAGAAGAAGAAAAACAAGAAACAAGAAGAAGAAAAAACAAAGAAACUUGA